AUGGCAAUACGCAUGGCUACAGAACUUGGUAUCCAUGAAGACCUAGAAGAUGACGAUAAUGAUAAUCCGAAUGCACAGAAAUUGAUUACACAAGAAACUCGACGUAGACUCUUUUGGACUAUUUUCACUAUCGACAAAUUCUCAAGUGCGGCUACGGGUCGUCCUUCUAUUUUGCAAGAGAAGUUCUGUACAGCAUACUUACCAGCCAAUGUAGAUACAUGCAAUAAUGAAAGAUACUAUACAGAAACAUUGGAUGGUAGUCGAUACAUUAUGCUUAAUCUCGAUGGGAUGCUACAAAGUCAGCUUUUAGGAACACAAGUGUCAACCCCAAAUACCUUGAGCAGAAAACCCAGCUUGGGCUGCUUUUCAUAUCUAAUACGUGCAACCAACCUGCUUGGAAAAGUCACUGCCUAUGUCAACCUAAAAGGAAAAGAAGACAAAAACGCAUUACCGCCAUGUCAUCCUGAAUCCGAGUUUUCAAAGUUAGAUAGAUUGAUCGAAGACUGGUAUGAGCAGUUACCCUUGCAUUUAAAAAACACACCUGCAAAUUUCGAAGUCUAUAAAGAUUGUGCCAACCCUGCCACUAAUCGACAAUUUAUCUUGUUACAUAUCCUACACAACACGUUACGAGUGCUUUUACAUCGUCCGUCAUUGGUUGUAGCAGAUGCAUUGGAUAACGAUCUUGUGCAACCCGAAAUUAAGCGUUUUGUGCUCGAGAGCGUCGAAAAAUGCAUGACCGCAGUAGAUAAUGUGACAGUCUUAUUAAAAGAAAUCGGAACACACAUGGAGUUAAUGCCUCCAUUUUUAACCUAUCUCGCUUAUACCGUGGCGACUGUCGUUGUCAGUGCAUCCUUCUCUUCUCGAAUUGAUGAAGCUCAAAAGGCCAAACAGGCUUUGGGAGUCUAUUUCCAAUUGUUAUUAGCUGCAAGGAACUAUUGGGCAAUGGCUGACAAAUUAUACUUUAUGGUGCGCGAUCUGUAUGCCAUCCAUAGUAACGUGGUCGUGAAGCGGAGUCAAGAGCCUAGUGAAACCCAAGAAAAGGAACGACAGAUGUAUCAACAGGUAUUACAACCAGAGCAAGUCCUACAACAACAGUUCCAACAACAAAUACAACAACAACAUUUACAAAUCCAGCAAUUCAAUCAGGUUGAAAUGCCCAAUCAUCCAAUGAGUGCAUGGAGUCUACCAUUUUAUGACUCAACUUUGAUCCACGGUGCAGCUGCCUUUGACUUUGAGCCUGCUUCCGGAGAAGAAAUGAGUGCUAAUAUCUUUCAAUUACCUGAAGGAUAUGAUCAACCCUUGAUGUUUCCAUCCCGUGAUGUUAAUAGCAACGGUAUGUAA